UUCUCCUCAAUGUAAUGAUAUUCCUUUUGUGGGCAGAGGUCACCAUUUUAGCAGAUGUGUCUGAAAGUCAAACUUCUGUAAAGGUGUGCUGAAGGUACUCCAACUAUGCAGCAGUAGUGUAUAAACCUUCUGAUGGAGAAUUGCUUUGUCAACACAGAUUGUUUAUCGGUAAGGUGAUAGUGUCAUCAGGAAGGGCGGAGGAGUGGAUGAUGGAUGGAAGGAGGGGUGUUAAUCCCACAGUAUGUCACAGUUCCCCUGAGACACCUCACAAUGCAGUAACUUCUGACCCAUCACCCUUGAGUUUCUAUUUCAUAUAUAAACCUUUUUUUUUCCCACUUUCAUUGUCACAAAUCAUCCUGAAUAAGGGAGUGAUUAUUUACUCUCGAUUUAACUGGUGUAGUCUGUGGUCCUCUCUGUCUCACUUUGGAUGUGGCAAUUUCAAUAAUAAAGGGUUUAAGGAGGUUGUCCCUCAGCUUGCUUGUGUUCUCAAUGACAAAUGCCGGGCAAUGCAGGAGCCUAUAAAGAGAGGUGUCUACAUGUGAGGGAUGUUGAGUCAGCAGUUAGUGCUUGUCUGAGCAUAUGCACAUCACUGCAUCUGUUCAUAUGCAUGGCAUUCUCUGUGUCAGUGCCUAGAGCAGUAAAUUGAAAUUUAUGUUUAUAGAUGCAUGAUAUUGCAGCGAGACCACAUAAUGAUGUCAGGAUCAUGUAUGGUGACUGAUGUGAAAAAGCAGAGACUGCAAAGUUUUCUGUGACCUUGAAGCAGUGUGCCUGAGGUCGCCUGCAGCGGUCCUUCUUAUGCUGCAGUGUUACAGGGGACCAGCAGACAGCCAGCUGCAGCAGGAGGAGCGUUAGGCAAUGAUAUCUAACAUUGGGGCAGCGGUUUUCAGUCAGGUAUCAGGACAUUCGGGACUUCGUUCUUCCAAAGAACCGUGACAUAAACUUUAAUGAAAAGAUUAAAUUCCUGAAAGAACCUAAAGGACUUUAAUUAAUCUGACAAAACAUCGGUGGAGAUUGGAAAGCUAUCUUUAAAACACCCUGACAAAUCUGCAGAAGUUAAUUGCUUUACCUUGUUAACUUUUUCAAGUAAUCAGAACAUUAAACAUUAUCCUUGAAAACACUGAUGGUAUGAAUUUGUCAUUGGUCUAACCGCACCUUAACAGGUUUACGUUACAAGAGGAACACUAUGAUCUUUUUGUGAAUAUUUGAAGAAAUUACUCAAACAGAUCAGAUUUCAGAGGAAACAACAGCUUGUGCCCAAUCAGGACAAAUAAAACAAGAGACCGAAGCCCCUAGGCAGACAGAUGUUCUUGCAAGUAUUGAGAAGUAGUAUAAAAGAGGAAGAAAAAGUUUAAUUCCCAAGGUGACAAUGGAUUGGAUGAUCCUGCAAGUGGAUGCUUAGUCUGCAGUAUAGAAGCAAGCUACUAGGACCCACACUCCCUUUCCCUCAUCAAACAGCGAUUGGCUCGUGCAGAGUAAAUCUCCUAUCACAGAGCUCACCUAUAAUGUCCCCUCUGGCGAAGGAGGGAUCAGGGAGAACAACACCAGGUGACCCCCACAUUCAAUGUGGUCAGAUACCUCUGUGGGUGUUUUUCUUUAUUUUUUAGCAGUUUUGAGAGCGUGAGGGAGCAGUUGUGUAUGUUUGUGAGUUUCUGAGGGUGUAUUCAACAUCUCUGGUUUCGCACAUGGUGUUAAAUUACUCAGUGGGAGCUUUAAUACAGCUAGAGACGCUCUUGAUUGGAAGUUUUGGAUGAGGGAGUGUUAGGGAGGUAAGUGGGGAACAGAGCGGAGCCGGCAGGCAGGACAGAGAGGGCACAGAAACUUCUGCAGAGCCAGGAUCACGGAUAAACCAGAAGCCUGCAUUAAAAUUUAGUUUCCAGCAGUCUGAAUGGUAACCAGGUGGAGAGAAGCUGCAGUAGCAUCCUCAGCGUGGCACUGGCUGAAGUGCCUCCUCUACCUACGGAACCAGAUUGACCAUCAGAGCUAGCAUCAAAGCCGGCAAUGGAGGUGCCGCUUGUGAAUUUUGAAAACAUGGAUGAUGUUGGAAUCAACCUCGGUGAUCCAAGCGACUCGGGUUACCCGACCUCACCCACCUCAGAGGCUCCUGAUCAGAACCUGUUGGCCCAUCGACUUGCUUCUCCUCGCCAGUCCCCACGCAGAGGACGGCGACAGCGUCAGUCUGGUCAAGAUGGGUUGUCCCCUUCUACUCCUCCAACUCUUACCUCAAAAGCAAACUCCAGCAGUGGCAGCUUGAUCUCAAAUCUCAAGCUUCUGGCCAACAGUGAGUCCCCCAGUGACAGUGUCUUCAGUAAGAUGCUAAAGGAUUAUUAUGAAAAUGAAGAUCUCUUUGAAAAGCACUGUUUUGAAGAAAAGGAUGAGAAAGUUGUCAUUAAUGUUUCAGGACUGAUGUUUGAAACGCAACUCAGUACCCUUAGUAAGUUUCCAGAGACAUUGCUGGGUGAUCCCAUGAAGAGGAUACAUUACUUUGACCCAAUGAGAAACGAAUAUUUUUUUGAUCGAAAUCGUCCAUCGUUUGACGGAAUACUCUACUACUACCAGUCAGGUGGGAGAAUCCGCAGACCAGCCAACGUUCCCUUGGAUAUUUUUGCAAAUGAAAUUGUUUUCUAUGAGUUGGGUCAUGAAGCAAUGGAACAGUUUCGUGAAGAUGAAGGCUUCAUCAAAGAACCAGAAGUCCUCUUACCGACCAAUGAACUGCAGCGGCAGUUCUGGCUUCUGUUCGAAUACCCAGAGAGCUCCAGCGCAGCUAAGUCCGUUGCUCUGGUCUCUGUCUUUGUCAUUGUCAUUUCAAUCUUUAUUUUCUGUCUAGAGACUCUUCCAGAGUUCAGGGAGGACAGUGACUUUCCUCUAGGUUUCAUCCAAAUGAUCAAUGGCUCUCAAAGCAGUUCUCCCUCUUACCCUGCCCCUAAAAACUGCGUGGACUAUCUCACAGACCCAUUUUUCAUUGUUGAGACUAUUUGCAUCAUAUGGUUCUGCUUUGAGCUCGGUGUCCGUUUUGUGGUGUGCCCCAGUAAAAGUGAUUUCUUCAAUAACAUCAUGAAUAUUAUUGACAUUGUGUCUAUAAUUCCUUACUUUGUUACUCUUGGAACUGAGCUAGCCACAACACCCGAUGAUGAUGUGAACGCAGGUCAGAACAUGUCCUUGGCAAUUUUGAGAAUCAUUCGACUUGUGAGAGUCUUCAGAAUUUUCAAGCUGUCUCGACACUCAAAGGGUCUUCAGAUUUUGGGUCAGACUCUGAAAGCCAGCAUGAGGGAACUGGGGCUGCUAAUUUUCUUCCUAUUCAUAGGAGUCAUUCUUUUUUCCAGUGCCAUCUACUUUGCAGAAGUGGAUGAGCCUCAGACACAGUUUGUUAGCAUCCCUGACGGCUUCUGGUGGGCUGUUGUAACCAUGACCACUGUCGGAUAUGGAGACAUGUGUCCGAUCACUAUGGGAGGCAAAAUGGUCGGUACCCUCUGUGCCAUAGCUGGUGUUCUGACCAUUGCCCUACCAGUCCCUGUCAUCGUUUCCAACUUUAACUAUUUCUACCAUCGUGAGACAGAGCAAGAAGAAAAACAAGUGAUGGAUGCAGCUGCAGAAGCUGCACAGAAAAUGUCAGCUGCUAACAGGAGUGGAAGCACACUCUCACUCAACAAGAGUAAUGGGACUUGGCAAAAUGAGAAAAAUGGCAUGCAUUGAGUAAAAUGUUUCAUUUUUUAAACAUACGGGGCCAGAUAAACAGGAAUUAAAAAUAAAACAUAUCUGUUAGUGAGGCACAAGUGAUUUAUCUACUCGUUUUUUGUACCUGAAACACUUAUGAAGAUGAUUACAGUAUUAUUAGACACUGAUGGCACAGACAGUACACAAACUGUCUGUCUGCAUGUAGAUGUGUCAAAGUGCAAUUAACAUAACUGAGCAACUACUGCUUCAGUAACUCUGAGAAUACAAAGUGCAGUAAGAAAAAAUAACCUAAGAAGUGCAAACUGAUAAGACCUUAGUAGAAUAGGUUUGUCUGUCAGAUAAAAACAAAUGAAGUAAUCUAGUUAUUUUAUCAUAUACAGUGAAAUCAGAUAGGCUUUGGCAGCAUGUUCAAGGGCAGGCAAGUGUGUGUAGUGUAAAAUAGGACAUUGGCUUACUCAUUGUCUUCUCAGCACAUCUAUAGGUGCAAAUGUACAGCCAGCGGCACCUCCCCAUGUAACAAUAUCUGUGUGAUAAAUAGCAGGCGAAGUCGCAUGGCCGCUAUUAAUCUUGUAGAUACCCUGCAAAGUUAAAAAUAAAACUGCUUUAUCUUCAGUAUACAUGCAAGGGUUUGCAUGCAGCGGUUUUAAUAAUCACAAACACAGAUUACUUUUUUAAUCUAUUCGUUUUAUUAUAGUUUGGCACCAAGCAGCAAUGCAGAUGUAUUUGACUUUAACUUGAACAACGAAACAAUUUAUAUUCUAAUGUGAAAUAAAUACCCUUUAAUAUUGCAUCACUUCUUUGCACUAAAAGCUUUUUUCUACAUAUGUCUUAAGCACUUUAGGAGCUUUACAUCCUCCAUUGCUAGCAGGGAAAAUGUGUUUGUAAAAGUGUACAGAAUUGUAAAAAAUUAUAUACAUAUAUGCAUUUGUGAACAGACUAAAUGGUAAAGGCAAAAAAGCAAAAAGAAAUGUUUUUUAUUUAAGAUUUUUAUUUCAUUUGCCGAUGAUUUCUCAUUCUUUAUUGCAUGGCAUAAUGACUGAUAUGACAUUUCAUUCCUUUUAUCAUUUAUGAAAAUUUUAUACAUGUGAGUAUAUAUUGCAACUGAAUUUACAAUAAUAUUUUUAAACUAUUAUGAGGAACAAUAUACUAAGGGAUGAGAUGAAGAGAUAAUAAAAACAUGGACUGUGAGAUAAUGAGAAAUGAUUACUUGCAUUUUGCACAAGAUAAGAUGAAUAUGAACUAUUUAUGCAUGAAACAUUUUCUUCACUGGAACAUAGUGUAUGAGUGUUCAUAUAAAUAUCUCUUGUACCGAAAUGUCAGUGAAUGUAAUUGUAUCUCAGUCAAUGCCUUUAUAAUAAUCCUUAAAAAAAUGGGCCUAACAGAAAAAUGCUUUUCACCUCCUGAAAAAGCUGUACCUGUAAGGAAAGUAUAUUGCAACAAGGUGACAUUAGUAGGUCACUUCAAUAAUCAGCACUUUAAUAUGUUAUGGAGCACUGAAUGGGUGAAGACUGUUACUGUAUGUGUCAACUUUGUACAGUACAGUGUCAUAAUUUGCAAUGUUUUAUUUAUCCAGCAAAGAGUGCCUUUCAUUAAACAUGUACCCAAACUGCA